AUGGGUCUGAGACUGGGCGCUCCUGUGGCAGCACCAGCUAGCACAGCAGGCGAGCGUGGGCAUGGGGGUCCGCUGCACCCGGCUCCUGGCUGCGCUCCUUCUGCUAGGGCUGUGUGCCUGGGGGGGGCCCAGAAACCUGAUCCCUGCCAAUGCUCACGUGUGAGCACCAAGAACAGGUUGAACUGCGGCUUCCCGGGCAUCUCCAGCGACCAGUGCUUCUCCGCCAGCUGCUGCUUCGACUCCAGCAUCCCCGGGGUCCCCUGGUGUUUCAAGCCCCUCCCCAAGCAAGAGUCGGAGGAGUGUGUCAUGGAGGUCUCAGCGCGCGAGAACUGCGGCUACCCAGGCAUCAGCCCCGAGGAGUGCGCCUCUAGGAAGUGCUGCUUCUCCGACACCAUCCCCCAAGUGCCCUGGUGCUUCUUCCCGCUCUCCGUGCAAGACUGUCAUUAUUAAGAGGCAGUGGCUUCAGAGAACCCCUCAGGCUCCUUGGAUGUCCUGAAACUAAAGAAGAACAUGCACCGUCUUAUGGGUUCAGAUUUCAUGUUUCCCGAAUUCCUGGGUUUUCUUAAUCUGCUUUUUAUCCUUUUCAAUGGCUUCACAUGCAAUUUCUUCAA